AGAUCCCCUGUUGGGUCAUUAUAGUUCAUUUAACAAUAUCAAAAGACCACAGUUUGUUUUCUUAUCAUUAUUAUUGUGUUUAUGCAUACUGCUAAAACGUUAUGCACUGUAGCUUAUAUGAGGCCAUGUUUCUCAAAAGCACUACUGAUAUUACUUCAUUAAUUUCAUUGAACGGUCUUUACCAGUGGAAGAUCUCAAAGCAGCGAAUCAUAUGAAGCAUUAUGAAUAUUUUUAUGAGGUUUUCAACGUUUAAUGGAAAACAUAUAAAUACUGCUAUGCAUAAUUUACUUUUGGCUUUCAUUGUUUUACUAAGCUUUUGUAAGACAUCAGGACAAGAGGAUUGUAUGUUACCUGUUGAAUCAAGAAUGUGUUCAGCAGGAGACCCAAUAUUGCGAUUUUAUUACGAACACAUAAUUGGAAAUUGCUUACCUUUUGCAUAUUAUUGUGAUGGCAAUAGUAACAACUUUGAAACAAUUCAACAGUGCCAACUUGCUUGCACAGGAAGAUCAGUCAAUGCAUGUGAUAGUUCUCCUUGCCAAAUUGAUGAACAAUGUGUUGACAACGUAGCCAGUGGAUAUUGUUGUGUUUCAUCAAAUCCAUGUAGCAGUUCUCCUUGUCUUAAUGGAGGGGCAUGUAACAAUUUUGUAACAUCAUACACCUGCACAUGCCCAACCUCGUAUACUGGCACACGUUGCGAAACACUUGUUUCAUCAAAUCCAUGUAACAGUUCUCCUUGUCUUAAUGGAGGAGCAUGUAACAAUUUUGUAACAUCAUACACCUGCACAUGCCCAACCUCGUAUACUGGCACACGUUGCGAAACACUUGUUUCAUCAAAUCCAUGUAACAGUUCUCCUUGUCUUAAUGGAGGAGCAUGUAACAAUUUUGUAACAUCAUACACCUGCACAUGCCCAACCUCGUAUACUGGCACACGUUGCGAAACACUUGUUUCAUCAAAUCCAUGUAACAGUUCUCCUUGUCUUAAUGGAGGAGUAUGUAACAAUUUUGUAACAUCAUACACCUGCACAUGCCCAACCUCGUAUACUGGCACACGUUGCGAAACACUUGUGAGUACUGCAUGUAGCAGUGCUCCUUGCCUUAACAGUGGGACUUGUAAUGAUCUUGGAGCUGAGGGAUAUUCUUGUACAUGUACAAGCUCAUAUACUGGCACUCAUUGUGAAUCUGCUGUAAGUACAGCUUGCAAUCCAAACCCAUGUCAAAAUAAUGGUAUGUGUAUGGCAUCUGGAAUAUCCUUUAUGUGUGUGUGUGCAGCAGGCUAUAGUGGUACUACCUGUGGAACAAUCACCUCAUCAAGUCCGUGUAAUCCAAAUCCAUGUCAAAAUGGCGGAAUGUGCACCACAACUUCUACAACUUAUAUGUGUAUGUGCUCUGAAGGUUUCUCUGGCACAAACUGUCAAACAACAGGAACAACAUCAACUCCUUGUGACAACAAUCCCUGCCCUGCUGGACAAGAGUGCUUUUUCACGCCAACUAUGUACAUUUGCCAAACAGCCACCGGAAGAAGACGACGAGAUGUUGAAGUGUCUCUUGAGUUGCCAGGUUAUUCCAGUGUUUGUGCUCCCAAUCCUUGUGGAAAUGGUGGCACAUGCCAUCCAUUUGAACAUGGAGAACAAGAAUACUUCAUGUGUAAGUGUACACCAGGAUGGACUGGAACCAACUGUAUGGAUGUUCACCCUGUACGAAGAUCUGUGGCAACUGAAACGUGUGCAGAUGACCCAUGUCUAAAUGAAGGUGUGUGUUUUCAGGUGGAUUCGUGUGAAAACUAUGUGUGUGCAUGUGUCGGUUGCUAUACUGGUAUCAAUUGUGAAACAGGUAAGUUAUUAUAAAGGAGCAUUUUACUU